GAAGAUACUGUAGAAUGUUUUGUGUGUCGAUAUAAACUGAAAGAAUGGCAGUCUGACGAUUGUGCUUGGGAUGAACAUCGACGUCAUUCCCCACACUGUCUUUACCUGAAAAUGGUCAAACCCAAAUCUUAUCGAAAAGGUUAUGUUUACGAAUGGAAAGGACUAUUAAGAGACCAAACCAGUACCAUGGCAACCAGUCAUAAAGUAUAUUCAGAUUUUAGAUCGUGUUUGUCCGCAGCCAAAAAACACGACUUUGAUUUUCCAGACUCCAUGGGAAUUCAAUUGUGGAUCAUGAAAGUAGACGAGGAUGGAAAAGUAUUAGAAGACAUGGAAGUCGACAAAAUGAAUAAAGCAGAAUUAUUGUUGAAAUGUUUAAAUAUUCAUUAA